CUGCCAUAGCAACCGGGAAACAACCUGGACUCACAAUGAGGAGGAUGGUGCUGUGCCCCAGAGCUGUAGAGGCAUUUGCGCGCGUGGCGCAGUAACAGAGCAACCAGGACAGAGGGUCAACAAGGACUUAGGCAGAGGCUGAGGAAGGCUGCCCAGAGCAUAGACAGUCAGGGGCUCGAGGAGCUGGGCAUGCCGUUUGUUUUCCUCUCCACAGAGAUGCACACUGUCUAAACUGUGUGGCUGGUUGUUACUAGCAGCUGCUGUAAGAGAGGGAAAAUGCAUUUAAUAAAAGGCCCAGUGUUUGUGGUCUUCUUGGGCUUCUGUGGAGCUUUGGAAAUCUUGAGGUGUGCCUAGUUUUCAGCCUUCAAAACUAAGAUGAACUGCCCUUGAGAAGGGGUGGUCAGAGAGGAAACAUGUUCACCCUCUCUCUCCUGAGCCGGGGGCACGGAAAGUUGGUCCAGAACAAACAGAAGUUGGAAGUCUAUUUUGAACCAGAGGAUUAUCUGAACUGGAAGUCCCCAGAAGACUAUGUCCUGGUCAGCAAACCUCAGGAAGAAGACAGUACCAACCAGCACUCCUGGAGCCUCUUUCUUCCCAAGACGUUCAGCACCAGGAAGGGUGCCCUGAUCCUGUACUCAGAAGGGCUGGCCAUCCCAGCAUGGACUCCCGGAGAGAGGAGAAAAGGCCCUUACCGGCCCCUGGGUCACAAGAAGAAGCUGGAUCUUGAGCUACACACCUUGCAAGACCUCAAGGAAGCCAUCCUGGCCUAUGGAAGAAAACAGAGGCAGCAGGACAGCACUUGGCAACCCUACCUCUACUUCCGAAGUCAGGCAGAGAGCCAGGCCCAACGGCAGAUCCAGCCUGGGUAUUCUGCCAAGAGAUACCUUCGAGGCUUCUUGCGGACAUGGCCCCCCGAUGCCACAUACAGACUCCAACGUGCAGGAUACAUCAAGGAUUCUGUGCUGCUCCACGAUGCUCAAUCUAAUGUGCCAAAGAAUCUCAGGCUGCAACAAGACCUCUCAGGUGCACCUCCAAAAUACCAUCUCCUGCCUGUCUUCCCACCAUUUUGGUUUCAACAAGGAAAAUCUUUUGGACAAGGUCAGCAGGGCCCGGAUGAAGGAGAAGCUGGGGCUGUUGGAGACAUGGACCAGGGCACCACAGCCAAGAGCCAUGGCAGUCAGGAGACUCCUUUGCUGCCACUCAGGAAGCAACCCUGGCAGGAAGAUGGAAACUGGGUAGAGGACACAUCAAUAGAGAGUCACCUUCCUGUUCACGCUUCAGAGGAAAGCCACAAUGAAAAGACACAGCAAACCUCCAGGAAGGCACUCAGAUGUGCCCACAUAGGUCCCUCUUGGCUUCUGGGUGACAAAUCCAACAUUAUACCUUACGGAGGCGCCUUCCCCAGUCGGAAGACAGACCUAAGCAACAAACAAGGGACCGAGAAACUCUACAAGGCUAGAGGCAGCCACCUGUUACAAGAGCCUCCUGCUGAAAGAUGCCUGUUCCCUUCAGUAGUGUCUGUCACUGCCUCAGAGCAUAACACCCCUGGGGAAGCAAAGGAAAAAAAGGCACCAAAGGCUUUGAAAUUCCCUCCUAUUUUGGAACAGCUACCCAGAGUCCUUGACCCCCUGAGGAGCCAAUUUAAAGCCAAUGAACCUCCAACUGAGCUCUUCAUCAUUCCAAUGGAGAUUCAUUUCCACACUCCACACCCCCCAAAGGAAAAAGCCUGCAGAAGAGGUGCUCCACAUCCUGAGUCAGAACCAGAAGCAGAAGUGGCCAGGCCUUUAUGGGGUCCUCCCCUGAAGCACACAUCCUCCAAAAGGCCCAGGGCCAUCAGAGUCCGUCUCCCAGUGCACCUGAGCAGACAAACUCCCUCACCCCCAGAUGAGAAUGCCCUAUCCGAGGAUACAGCCCCACCACUGGGCCUUCUGCCUCCAAUUACAGGAAGAAAAGGUCUGGGAAGUCAGGAAAGCCUGGGCAGCCUGGGGACGUCAGGCUGCAGCCAGGUCCCCACAAGUCCCUGGAAUGUGCAGGCACCACCAGCAGGACAAGUCUAUGAGUCUGUCCGUUCAAGUAUCACCUAUGGAGAAGAAGGGUCUGGUAUUCAGCAUCUCCUAAAAGCUAACACUGAAUCCGGGACCGAUCUUCACAUGAAUCUCUAUGAAAGCUCACCUUUGACGCAAACAACAGGGAAGCAGGGAUCCCUGCAGCCCUUGGAGACAGCAGCUCAGAAGACAGGAGAGCCUCAAAGUUGUAUAAAUAAAGAGCUGAUGUGUUCAAACAGAAAUGAAUUUUCCACGAGCAAGCUGCACAUCGACAUGACGCCGUUCCUGAAGGAAAGUGGAGAGGAACUGGACUCUCAGGAAGAGCCAGAAGAAACUUCUGGAGAAAAUGAUGAAGACAGUAGCCAAGACCCAGAGCCAAGGAGUGUGAUCCUCAAACCCCUCAGUGCUCCCCUGGGCAAGCACAUCCAGAUCCUUGAGGCAGACACAGUAAAAAACAUGGACGGGGAUGACAGAGCUCACGGCUUCCACACAGUACUUCCUGGACCUGCAUCUGAAUCACCUGAGAACUUGGGUGUUGUGGAUGUAUCUUCUUUGCCAAGAGCAAAAAAAGAGAAAACUGAAUCAAGACUGCUUAACCAGCAUGCACCAGCCAGCAUCCAUCCUGAGAGGGAGUUAAUUGACAAGACCAAGAGAAAGAAGAAAACCAAGACAGACAAGACCACAACGCCCACAAGGCAGAGAGAAGGAAGGGUGCCUGGGGAAGCAGAAACUGCAGGAGGCAAGUCAAAGGACUCAAAGGCUGAAAAGAAAUCAGAGCCAAUUCCCAAACGAAGAGACCCAAGAUCCAAAAGGAAAAGGACACAGAAGGAAGUAAAUGUGGAAAUGGCGGCAGGACUGAGUGGGCCUGACAUCACCAGUUCCAAGGAAACAGAGGGCGCCUCAACUGGGGGUUCGCUCCCUGAGCACCCUAGUGCAGAGGACCCUUGGCCUCCUGCCAUGUAUAAUGCUCAGGACAUCCACCUUUCCAUAGAUGCAAGAUCAUCACCCAUCCAGACCACAGUAGUCACAGGCAGCAUAGAAGCUGAAGAAGAGAGAUGCCGUGCAGCCCCUUCCCAGGCCCUCCUCACCCAGAGGGAGCAGGAAAAGGAGGCCCGGGACAGGCUUCGAGCACAGAGGGCUGAGAUGAGGCUGCUGGAGGUGGAGAGGAAGAGGAGGGAGCAGGAGGAACAGAGGCGCCUCCAGCAGGAGCAGCAGGAGAGAGCAAAGAAGAUGAGGGAGGAACUGGAGCUGGAGCAGCAGAGGCGCUCGGAGGAGAUUCGCUUGAGGAAACAGAGACUUGAAGAAGAACGAGAGCAGCAGGAAGAGUCAGAGAGAAAGCAGCAUCUCCAGUGGCAGGCGGCCCAGGAGAGAGCCCGGCAGCAGCAAGAGGAGCUCCGCAGGACACUGCAAGAACGACAGAGAAAAAAGCAGCAGGAGGAGGCUGAGAAGGCUGAGGCAGAGAAGCAAAGGCAGAAGGAAUUGGAAAUGCAGUUAGCAGAAGAACACAAACGCCUGAUGGAAAUGGCGGAAGAAGAACGACUGGAGUACCAGCGGCAGAAACAGGAAGCAGAAAAGAAGGCUCUGCUGGAGGCCGAGGAGAGGAGGCAAAAGGAAGAAGCAACAGCCAAGCUAGCUCUGGAGGAAGCUAUGAAACAAGCCCAGGAACAAGCCAGGCAAAAAGCUGCUUUGGAGAAGCAUCUUCGUUUCCAUCAAGAACUCCGUAAGGAAGCCAGUGGCCUACAGUGGACACAGAGCAUUUCCAGACCGUGGGUUUAUUCUUAUUUCCAGUUCCUACGAAUGCCCAGGCUGUGAGGCUAGAAGAAAGCUAAAAGUAAGUUGGGAGUGAUGACAGAAAGAGAAAUUUCCUUUCAUAAUGAAAUUCCACCCUGAGCCCAGUUAGUUUUGUUUCAUCUGGUUCAUAUCAAGCCACACCUAGGGUUUUCUCUACCCUGGAACUGCCAUUGCCACUGCCCCCCCCCAUCUGUUCAACUCAAUUAAACUCUUUUCAUUUAAAUCCUUUACCUUCUUGAAAACCACAUAAAUCCAGAAACUCUGGUGCCACAUAUUUACAUAAUUUCAGUUUGAAACACUAACAUACUUUUAGGAUACUCAAUGUGUUUCAUUUCAAUGUGUCUGAAAGAGUUGAAGGUAAAUAGAAAUUUUGUAAUGCAAAUAAUUCUGCAUUAGCUAAGACAAGCUAAUUCACAUUUUUUCAUAUUAAGAAAUCUCUUGAGGUUGGGCAUGGUGGUGCACACCUGUAAUCCUUGCACUUGGGAGACUGACUCGGGUGGAUACAAAGUUUGAGGCCAGCCUGUGCUACUUAAUGAGACCCUGUCUCAAAAACACAAAACAAAGCAAAACGAAAGAAAAAAAAUCCCAUUACAAAACCACAGCCAUUUCAUCCCAAGAAUCUAAAAUUAGAUUUCUAUUUAGGAAAAGGUAUGGUUUUUUUUUUGGUUUUGUUUUUUGGUACCAGGCAUCGAACUCGAGUCCUUGCGCUUGUACAGCAGGCAGCAAAACCACUGAGUUAAAUCCCCAGCCCCAGGAAAAGGUAUGUUUUCAAUUACUUGAUAAAUGUUGGAUCCCAGGUACCAAAAAAAAAAAAAAGAAAAAAGAAAAAAAGAUAAAUGUUCAUUUGCACAAAAUGAACUGUUGUUUUGUAUCUCACAUCCCCCCGGUACCGAUCCUAGAAUAGCACUGUCAAUAAGGGAGCCAUCAGCCACAUACAGCUAUUUAAUAAAACAUUCUUCAGCCCCACUAGAUAUAUUUAAAGCAAUCAGUGGCCACAUGUGGCAGCACAGAUAUACAGUAACAUUUCCACCACCACAGAAAAGUUCCAUCAAUGUUUUCAAACCCUGAAAAUUAACAAAUUUUGAGAUUUUGCUAACUGUGCCCUAAAGAACCCACCAACAAAACUUUAAAAUCACACUGACACUACCAGAAGUCUUGACUAGAUAAUUCAUCUUAUUUUGUUGUUUUGGUUUUGGUUUUGGGGGCUUUUUUGAGAGGGUCUUGCUGUAUAGUUCAGGCUGGCCUUGAACUCUCAGUAAUCCUCUUGCCUUAGCCUCGAGUGCUGGGCAUUACUGUCUUUUUAAUACUGAAUAAACCAUCCUUUGGAACAAAGUGCCACAGAAUGAUUAAAGUACACGAAAAGGAACAAGAUGUAUAAAGUGAUGUUGAAUCAAACAAUCAUCUGAACCUGAAAUUUCCCUUAAAUUUCCCUUGGACCUACUCUAUGCUCCGUUGUCCACAAUUAAAAUAUAUUUGCAGGAAAUUUCCUUCAAUUUCUCAUUAAUGCUCAUGAGGUAUUUGCUUGUACAGGAAUUGUACCUCUACAACCCAGAAAUUGAGCUUAAUUUGGAUUCUAUAUUGCUGUUAUUGGACUUGCUUAGAUUUGAUGCUUGCUUUCACUCCUUAUUUAAUGUAAAACAGAAAUAAAGUAGCCAACACACUGGCAUAGUGAAUUUAAAUGUCAUUUAGAUUUUUCUCAAGC